AUGGCACAAGAAUUUCCCAUCAUCUUCACGCUUGGCAACUCGUCAUCCAGACAUGAAGUCAUGCUCAUCAACGCUGGACUCGGCAUCAAGAAUCUAAGCGAUCGCAUUCAAAAACUUGCUACCUCAUCGGUCAACUGCGCUGAGGCUUUGGCUAAAUACAAGAAGCAAAGCGGAGCUGAGAAAGUGACCGAAAUCAAGGUCCGCUGGUCAGCAGAUGGAAGGGACAGCAAGACUUUCCCCAAAACUACCGUCCUCACAGGAGAGAACUGCAAGGCUGUUCUCUCCCUGAUCAGCCUGCAUGGAGGAAAAGACAUUCUUGAGGUUGCUCUCGAGUCACCUCCGGCUCCUGCAGAGGAGUCGAAGGACUCGAAGGAACCGAAGCAGUCGCAGGAAUCGAAAGAUCUGCCAGACCGUACGAAUUAG